AUGUUGCCGCAACCGAUCAAUAUCACCAAAUGGAUAGCUGAGAACGAACACCUGCUUCAGCCACCUGUGAAUAACUACUGCCUGCACAGAGGUGGUUUCACAGUGAUGAUCGUGGGUGGACCGAACGAGAGAACCGAUUACCAUAUCAAUCAGACUCCGGAGUGGUUUUACAUGUACAAAGGAGACAUGCUGUUGAAGGUAGUGGAUGAUGGGGAAUUCAAAGAUAUUCCCAUCAAGGAAGGUGAAUCGUUCUUACUGCCUCCGAACACUCCUCACAACCCCGUCAGAUUUGCAAAUACCAUUGGUUUGGUGCUGGAGCAAGAUAGACCCGAAGACGUGGUUGACAAAAUGAGGUGGUACUGCUCGAACUGCAAGGCUAUCUGUCAUGAGGCUCAAUUCCAUUGUGUUGACCUCGGAACGCAGGUCAAAGAGGCAAUCCUUGCUUUUGAUAAGGACAAGGACCUCAGAGUUUGCAAGAAAUGCGGCUCUCUAAACUACUCAAAACCUCAGUGA